AUGUCUCCCACUUACACCAUGUCUGCACACCUGUGCAAGCAGAUUGCUGCAUCCUGGAAGGAGAUCAGGCACCCGCUCGAGCCUGCCGGCACUGGCGCCCACUUCCCCUCCAGCUUCCCGCGCGCCUCUUCUCCAACCGGCUCCGACACGGGCAAGCGCUCCAUGGACAGUGACCGGAGCGACUCCUCGGCCCCCUCCAUGACCCGAACUGCGUCCAACUCGAGCUCGACCUGGAAAUGGAGCACGCGAUAA